AUGGCGGAGCAGCUGAGUGAAAUCUUUUCCCUGCAACCUUUUCCCAUCACAUUAGUACUAGUUUUACCCAUUUUCUUCACCCUCUUUUUACACAGAUGGUCCUUAUUCUCAGUUACUACAAAAAACUCUCCACCUUCUCCACCAAAGCUCCUUCUGAAUUUUUCUCUUCUGAAAAUAGGCUCAAACCCUCAUCGCUCCCUACAAAACCUAGCUCAACGCUAUGGCUCUGAUCUCAUGCUCCUCUAUUUGGGAACUGCCCCACUGGUUCUUGUAUCGUCUGCUGAGGCUGCCCGCGAGAUUAUGAAAACCAAUGAUCUCGAAUUCUCCAAUAGACCCAAGUCUGUCAUCUUCCAGAAGCUUCUCUGCAAUUACAAAGACGUCGCCAUGGCACCUUACGGUGAGUACUGGAGGCAGGUGAAGAGUAUAUGUGUUGUAAAUCUCUUGAGCAGCAAAAGGGUUCGCUCUUUUCGUGCUGUGAGAGAAGAGGAAACAAAACUCAUGAUCAACAAAAUUAAUGAAUCAUCGGGAGAAGUCAUGAACUUAAGAGAAAUGUUUGUGAUGUUUACCAGUGAUGUUAUUUGUAGAGUGACAAUGGGGAGGAAGUACAGUACUAGUGUUGUAGGGGAAGGUGGUAAUACGAUUUUGUUUAAGGAGCUAUUGUGGGAGUUUACGGAGUUAUUGAGGAGUCUCUAUAUUGGAGACUAUAUUCCAUGGCUUGCUUGGUUGAGCCGUGUUAAUGGUUUGGAAGCUAAAUUAGACAAGGUGGCUAAGCAGUUCGAUGACUUCUUAGAUAGAGUGAUUCAAGAUCGAGUAGAUCAUCGUUCAAAGACCAGUGGAAGUAGUGGCCAUGUGAAUCAUGCUGAUCCAAAUAAGGAGGACGAAAAGGAUUUUGUGGACGUUUUGCUCGAGAUUCAAGAAGGAAACUUGUCUGGUUUACUUAUUGAUAGAGUUAGUAUAAAGGCUCUCAUAUUGGAUAUGUUUGGUGGUGGCACUGAUAGCACAUAUUUUGUCAUAGAGUGGACGAUGGCAGAGCUUUUAAGGCAUCCAAGGGUAAUGAAAAAAUUGCAAAGUGAGGUCAGGGAGUUGGCGGAAAAAAAAACAAACAUAACCGAGGAUGAUUUGAUUGAAAUGAACUACUUGAAGGCCGUGAUCAAGGAGACCCUUCGCUUACACCCUCCAUUUCCUGUACUAUCUCGGAUGUCCGGCCAAGAUGUGGAAAUAAAGGGUUACAAAAUUAAAGCCAACACACGCAUUGUUGUGAAUAUGUGGCAAAUUGGAAGAGAUCCCAAGUCAUACAACAAACCAGAGGAGUACGAGCCAGAAAGGUUCUUGAAUAAGAAUAGUGGAGUAAGUUAUAAAGGAAAUGACUUCCGGUUGAUUCCAUUUGGAGCUGGCAGGAGGGUCUGUCCUGGAAUUCAGUUUGCCAUGGCUGUUAAUGAGAUUGCUUUAGCAAAUUUGGUGCACAAGUUUGAUUGGGCAUUGCCUGGCGGAGCAACCGGGGAUGAUUUAGACAUGACUGAAUCCACUGGCAUGCCAACACAUCGAAAGCAUCCUUUGAAAGCCGUGGCUAUUCCAUACCUAGCUAACUACGGAUAG